AUGAUCUUCUUAUUAUUAAAUCGAGCUUAUUCAACGUCAUCAAAAAAUUGGUUGUCUCGACAAGCGAAAGAUCCCUAUUGUAAACUUGCAAAGGCAAAUCAAUAUAGAGCAAGGAGCGCUUUCAAACUAAUACAAAUAAAUGAUAAAUAUCGUAUUCUGCGACGCAAUGAUGUAGUUAUUGAUUGCGGUGCUGCUCCCGGUGGUUGGACUCAAGUAGCUGUCGAAAAAGUCUCUAAAAAAGGAUUAGUGAUCGGCAUCGAUCUUUUACAUGUAGAUCCCAUUCCCCAUGCUCAUCUCAUUCAAGGGAAUUUUAUGCAAACUAAAACUCAAGACGAGAUUCAUCAUAUCCUUCAAGGUCGAUCAGUGAAUUUAGUAUGUUCAGAUAUGGCUCCUAGUUUUUCUGGUAAUCAUAUAGCAGAUCAUGCUCAUUCAAUGGAACUUUGUGAAUCAGCCUUGUCAUUUGCCGAAAAAGUAUUAUCACCGGGUGGUUCAUUUGUAGCCAAGUUUUUAAUGGGCGGUACAGAGCAUGAAUUUCGUAAAAAGUUAAAAAGCUUAUUUGCUAAAGUGAAAACAGAAAAGCCAGAUGCAUCGAGAAAACAAUCAACAGAAGGCUUUUUUGUGGCACUUGGAUAUAAAGGAUAA